CGCAGAGUGCCCGUCCUGACUGGCUAUGGAGUGGUGUUGGCUUCAGACUGGAUGACAGGGUCUACAGGGAGGACAGGGUCACACAGAUUCUAAAGCAGCAGCGGGCUUUUCCUAGACGUACACUGACUGGCAGUGACAGCGCGUUUGCAGCUGACCUCCUUCCCCUCCUUCUCUCUGUUCGGAUACACUUUCCCUCCCCUUUCACCCCCUCUUCCCCCCCUCUCCUCCUCCUUCCCUCAUCAUCUUUUCCUUUUAUUCCCUAUCUAAUUUCUCUGUUGCGUCUAUACUCUACUCUUUCUUUUAAAACCGGAACUCCUCCUCUCGCCUUUGAGUUCUUGUGACCUCUCACUGGGUCCAGUAUGAGCUGGCUGAGCAGGUUGAAUCCGCGGGGUCCUGGGAGUCGGUCCGGCCGGAGCGCCGCCCCCUCCAGCCCCUGCACUGCUGACCCGGAGACCUGCCUCAUGGUGUUUGAGAACCACUGGAGACAGGUCUCUUGGGUGUUGGAAAAGCACGAGCCCUCGUCCUCCAGCGAUGACCUGACGGCAGUAAGGAAUCACACCGACCAAAUGUUAUGUCUGCUGGCAGAGGAGCGACCUGCCGAGAGCCCAGAGGGCGGCGGCGUGCCACCCAUGGGCCCCAUACUGGAGCUGGUGGUCACCGAGAAUAUUCUGGAGUGCCUGGUUCAGUGGCACCUCCGCCGCGGCCUGGAUCCAGACAGCCAGGGGGCGCUGCUCAAGCUGUUUGAGAUGCUCAUCGGCCAGUCCCAGCAGCCUCUGCUGCAACACACAGCCGUCCUCCACCCCCUGCUGAGGCUGCUGGGAGCUUGUGCCGACCCAGAACUUGGUUGUCCUUCAGCCCUGGAAAACAGCCUGGUACUGCUGCUCAAUCAGGUCUGUGUGUCCAUGGCCCGGCAGCCGGUGGUUCUAGAGAUGUUGUUCCGGGCAGCACCGGCUCAGCAGGGCUCCACCAAUCUGCUGAUCUUCUCCCUUCUCGUGCCAUUCAUCCACCGGGACGGAGCCAUCGGACAGCAGGCCAGAGACGCGCUGCUGCUGGUCAUGGCGGCCUCGGCCAGCCACGAGGCAGUGGCACGUUACAUCGCUGAGAACUCCUACUUCUGCCCGGUGUUGGCGACGGGCCUCAGCGCCCUCUACUCCUCUCUGCCCAGGAAGAUCGAGGUCCGAGGAGACGACUGGCAUGCCCUGCGGCGCGAGGACUGGAUGUGUGUGUCAUCGCUCGUGCUGUUCAUGAACUCGCUGGAGUUCUGCAACGCUGUGGUGCAGGUUGCUCAUCCCCUGGUCCGCUCCCAGCUCCUGGACUACCUCCACAACGGCUUCCUCGUACCAGUCAUGGGCCCCGCGCUGCAUAAGUCGUCCGUGGACGAGAUGAUCGCCAGCACCGCCUACCUGGACCUUUUCCUGCGCAGUGUGUCGGAGACUUCCCUCCUCAAAACCUUCCUGCGCUUCAUCCUGCUGCAUCGUCACGACAAUGACACCAUCCUGGACACGCUGCUCACACGCAUCAACAGCAAUUCAAGGCUCUGCAUGGUAUCGUUGAGCCUCUUUAGGACUCUUCUCUCCCUGAACUGUGAAGACGUCAUGCUGCAGCUCGUUCUCAGGUAUCUACUGCCCUGUACUCAUGUAAUGCUGAGUCAACGUCGUGCUAUCAGAGACACUGACCUAUAUGGAAAGUCAGCGGACAAGUUCCUGUCGCUGAUCCCAGAGUGCUGUCGGCUGAAUGCAGCGCCCUCUACAGAGCGGGACGAGGACAGUGCGUUUUGGGGGAAAGUACUGAACAGUCCCAGCACAGAGUCUCCAGCUCCACCCAGACCCAGUACCCCGUCCCGCUUAGCCUUUUUCAUCCGCCAACAAAGCAGUGGAGGUGGAUCAGGAGGAGGGGGUCCCUCUACCCCCACUGGCAUGGAGCCACUACAGUCGGGUCCUUCCAGCUCCCACCCCCUGUCCCCCGACAGCCCGAUGCACCAGCAGCAGACUCACACAGAGUGUCUGGACUGGGAUUCGGGUUACCUGGAGUACCUCAAAGACGCCCGGCGGGGCAUCGAGCAUUGCUCCUGGGCCUGCCGUGACUGGUCGGGGCCCUACGAUGGAGAAAACCCCUCCCCGAACACAGUCCCUCCACCCCCACCUCCCCCUACUUCCAACCCCUCCAUGGCUAUGUUCCCUGAGCACUUCUCUUUCCAGCAGGGAGGAAGCAGCAACACUCCUCCAGGCCAGCAGAGGGCGGCCAUUGUGGCUGCAGCACGAUCUGAGUGGAGCAGCUCAGAGCGGGACAGCGGAGAGUGGGACGUCACAAUCGGCAAAAACAACUGCAUUAGCCUCACACCGCGCUCCAAGAAACGCAGCCUGCAGCGAGAGGAGCUCCUGCCAAAGCCCGUACCUCGUCUCGUCCCCUCCUCUUCGUCCUCAGCCACUCCUUUAUCGACUUCUCAGCCUGCCUCGUCCCCAGCUCCUCACAUUCCGUCUUCUGCCAUCACUGUUAGCUACCAGGCCAUGUAUAACGGAACGAUGGGGCAGGGGGAUGGCUGCUCAGACAAUCGGGACAGAGGACUGGAGGUAAAGAAAGUGAAGAGAGACUUGGGGGAGCAGCAGUAUUUGGACGAGAACGCAAAUCAAAAUGGAUCCCUUGUCACCUGCCCCUCCCAAAGCUGCUCCACUCUCCCUCAGUCCGUUUUUAACAACAGUGAAAUGAGCGAUGAGAAAUCUCUUCGCCCGAACCAGAUUCCCUCUCAGAGCUCCAUCCCCACACCAACGUCCGACACCAAACUGCUGACCAGCGACACCUCAUACCCACACGGUGCAUCCUCAGAUCUUCCAGAAGCCAACCAGGCGCAACAAUCUGUAGAGAGUCUCAUCCAGGAGCUGCUUGAGCAGGCACCAGGAGAACCACAGCCCCCCGGAGACUCCAACGGCCAGGGCAUCAGCAUCGAGGCCUUCACACAGGAGCUGAGGGAGCUGGAGGACCGGGUGAAGGAGCGCAGCAGACCAGCCUGCCAGGAGGAGGACACUGCCAGGGAGUCCCUAUCCGCUGAGCGGCAGGAGGAGGAACAACAGUUGUCCUCGGCACUGGAGGUGAAGCUGACAGGUGACACGAAGGGAGAAGGGACUGUUGUGGGCCUCUGUAGUCCUGCGAGACCACUAAAUCAGCCUGCCUCUCAGCCGUACACAGGUCCAUUCAUGGUGGUUCUGUUUGCCAAGCUGGAGAACAUGCUCCAAAACUCGCUGUACGUCAACAUCCUGCUCACGGGCAUCGUGGCCCAGCUGGCCUGCUAUCCGCAGCCCCUCCUACGCUCCUUCCUGCUCAACACCAACAUGGUCUUCCAGCCCAGCGUCAAGUCACUGAUCCAGGUCCUAGGCUCUGUGAAGAACCGCAUCGAGGCGUUUGCAGCCUCCCAUGAGGACUUCCCGGCCAUGCUGAAGAAAGCCCAGCAGUAUCUGGUGGCCCGAGGCAAAGUGGACUGGACUGACUCGCCUGCAGCAGUUCCUCCCCUGCGGCGCUCUGAUUCAUUAGUGAAGAGUCGUAAGCCAUCCCUCGGAGACCUGAUCCUUCGUCACACCAACAGCCCGACCCGGGCUCGGCACGCUGCUCAGCUGGCCCUUGCACACGUACGGGACGGCGGCCAAUCACUGCACAGCGCUCUGUUUAAGGGGAGCGGAGGGGCCUCUGGCCUAGAGAAGCAAGCCGAAGCACUCCGAGUGAAGAACGCCGUCUACUGUGCCGUUAUCUUCUGUGAGUUCCUCAAGGAGCUGGCUGCCCUGGCUCAAGAGCACGCCGUCUCUCUGCCUUUCCCUCACAGCCAGGAGGCAGAGGAAUAGAUGGUGGACUCCUCAAAUCCAGCUCUAAGCCUCAAUUUCUUUUAGUUUAGGCUGUAAAAAGAGUUCAGUAGGAUUCUCCCAUCAACAGACAGACAGCACUGAGACUUUUCUGUCACUGAAGUGGGUCGUCUGACAGACAGAGAGCAAGAUGAAAACAGUGGCGUUUUUGUACCAAAAUCAUUAUAGGAUACCUAUAGGACUGGAAGAAUUGUCCUCAUCUGUAAACUUAUAUGAUAUGUGCAUAUCAUGUAUUAUAUUUACAUUCUAUACACAGAUAAUCUCUGUAAAUGCUUGAGAUUUGGGAGCUUGUACAUACACAUACCAUCUCAUGGUAUAAUGUGACACAGUAAAGCCACAGAUAAAAGAAAUAGGUGCACAUAUUGGUGCUAGUCGAUACUCUUUAUCUUUUAAGUUGAAAGGGUGCUUUCAGGUGGCACAGAGGUGACGAAAGUUUUGUCCUUAAAAAUGUUGACAAACACCAAAAAUCGUAUGGAAGGAAUACACUUUGAAGUUGAUUGACUAGCUUACACUUUCAGUCAUCUUCGGCCAUCUCUGUCACAGAGCUCUUCCUCUAUCAAGGACCGGCCAGUAAUGAAAGCCGUUCCUAGUAACACAUCUCCAGUGUCCAUUUUAUUUUCAAGAGGCUGCACUGCUGCAAAGACUAGUCACCAAUGAAUGAGAUGAAAACUGGAACACGCAGGUGAGCUAGUGCCAUUUUCUCUCCCGCGAGUCAGCACCACCGCCACAAAUGUACUGGAAAAACUUUGGAUAAUUAAUGCCAUUUUUCAAAAAUAUUUUCUUUGAAACACAUUUGUCUUUUGCAUUUGCACCAUUUUCUAGACAUAUCAGCAACGCGCGGGAGCAGGUUCGUCUGUCGUUGUGUAUGAGGUGACGCCACCUCUUCAGGCCAUCAGUAAGCCAUUCACCUGUUGCCAUAAAAGAGGCUGCGGCAUUGAAAAGACAGCAAUGCUUUACAAUUCAUACCUUUCGUGUGUCAUUUAGUCUUUUUAAAAGACCCAAGAGUCUGCGAGAAAAAGGCGAGAAGGGAAGGAAUUUAUUUCUAGGGAGCGUUGGCACAAUUUCCAUUUACUUUGAACUGACAGUUGAAAAAGGUCCUCAUGAAGCAUUCACUGACUUUGCUUUAAACAGAUCUUUGUGAGCUGUGAGCUAAAGCUGAGGCUUGUAAGAAGCGAUCUCCUACUCAGUUUUUUUCAGUUUUAGUUAGCUUCAAAAAUUGUCUCUUUUGGGUGAGACGGGCCAAACUGAACAUACAAACUGUUCAACUUGGAACUUAACAUGCUGCUAUUUUUUUAACACUAACACCCAUUUUUAUUAUUAGUGUAACAGCUACUAUCUCUUCAUUUCAUUGUUAGGUACCAAGUAUAAAUGUGUAUGUGAGGAUGUCAGUGCCAGUGUUGUGAUCGGCAUUUAAUUUAUUCUUUCUUGCGUCUGAGGUCGAAUGAAGUCGCAGCCACUCAGUGUUAAAAGCUUUUGCCAAGACAAAAUUCUCUUUCAAUUCUCUUGUUUUUUCAUCAACGUUAUUGUCUUGGGAGUUUUAUAAGAUGGCCAUUCUUUAUUUUACAGGUCUGUAAUUUCGAAAUUAAAUGCAUUUUCUAGUUUUUUUUUUUUUUUUCCACUGUAUGACUGCAAUGCAAAGUCCAUCUAUGACCGUGCUUUUUGUGAAAUCCUUUUUCUGCACACACUAGCCAUUCUCUCUCAACUUUUAGCAGUAGAGAAACUGCCCAUAAUGCAAAGUCUUAAUAUCAUUUUUUGACAACGGUUCCAUCUAUUCUCAACUUGUCAAAGCCAUAGUUUGUAAAUGUAAUAAUUCAUUACUGCUGUAACUCACUUUUUUUAUGGAGGUUUCUAGACACAUUUCGUAACACCCCUUACCUUUUAGUUUGUUUUUUAAAUGUCAUUAGUUAAGAGUUUCUGCAUGCCAACUGAGGCCAGGUUUAUAAUGAAAUAAUAAUUAAGUAGUGUAGAGUAAGUUUUCUUUGGUUUGUGCAAUAGUGCAGAGCUUAAAUUAAAUUCCAUGCAGUAGGUUUUAGCGGUUAGUGAGUCAUCCGGGUGCCUGCGGAGAUCAGCGACGGCAACAAGAACACGUUUCACACUGAAUGUUUCCUCUCAGCUAAUUAAAUUGGUAGAGAAAUCACUUCUGUUUUUGACCCACUGCCAUCCGUCCGUCCAUCUGUUCACCUUGUCUGCUGUACAUCCGCGUGUUCAGAACGAGAUUCGUGUUUCCCUUGCACGGAGAAAAAGGUCGGAGGGUCUCAUUACUCACCAGGUUCAUCUACUUUUAGACUCAAGAUUGUGUUUUUUUAACUAAACAAUUUUUACUAGCAGUUCCGUUAAAGAUGGGUAGUAAUAUGAGAAAGGUGGUAAAUGCUCAGCUUCUCAGUGCUAUCACUUACUCAGUCAGCUGGUUGUUCAGUGUAAUUUAGUUUCAGUCAGUUAUCUGUAUUUCUUCGUGGACACCAAAGACAAUCUCUCUCUGACUAUACCCCAAACUCCCAGUGUCUCUGUUUAAGCAAUCAUACACAGUUUCAUGAUGCACAAUAUGAACACUGUAAUAAACUAUUACCUGCUUUCAAAUAACCCCACAAAAAAGGUGCCAAUUACUAAAAUAUUACAGUUAAUAGGUCAUAUACACAGAAACUGUUGAAGGUUGGAAAACAUUGUGAUAAUGUUGUGAUUGUUGGUGCGACGUUGUCAGAUGAUAGAACCAAUGGCCAAACAUAUGAAUCCCAAGCUUUUUAAACAGGAAUUAUCCUUAAAAAGGUUAUUAUUUUACCAGCUCAAGCUCAUUGGACAGGGCGAGGUGUGUUUUUGAGAUUUAAAAAAGGGAGCUGCUUAACUUUGAGUUGCAAAACCUAAAUUGUUGGCAUUGGUCCUCUGUGACUCUUAUUUGUCUACACUUCCCGCAGUCAUUUUUCACUGCUUCAUUUGUUGUAUCUUUUUUUUCUUUUAUUUUUUUACUUGUGUUUCAUUUUAAAGAAUACGAAGAUGUGUUCAUCUUGGGGUGUUUUAUAAAGGAUUAUUCCCUACAAGGGACUUCAGCCCGUAGUUGUCAGAUGGCUGGACGUAAGCAGAGAUGAAUUUAGUGCAGCGCUGAUAUAGAAAAAUCCAACUCGCACACGGUGAAGUAAAACGGGGAGUUAGACGACUAUAAUCAAGGCUGCAUGUUACUGUGAUGGAUUAGCUAGCUUUAUGGAGGUUGUUCUUGAUGCUCCACAAGAAUGAAUGGCAGCAAAAGGGCUUUCUCUGCUGGUAGAAAAGUGAGCCCUCCAACUGUAGGGAUCGUGGACAGACAGGGGGACAGCUUGUUUAAAAUACACAAACACCAAAACUGAUUUAAAAUCUUACAAUUUACAUUUGGGAAAGGGAUUUUAGUUUUUCAAAAUACAGCAACUACGACGGCUGAAUGCUGAAGCCAGUCAAGUUCAUUUAAUGGCCAGAAAACCAAAUUAAUAAAAAAAAUGAGUUAAAUGUGUGUAUUUGUUUACUGUCAGGAGAUGUAGCCUCAAAAUGUAUCCAGUCUUACGUUUGUGAAUGCUUGAUAAACAGGCGUCUCUGACGUGUUGGCUGCUGUUUCACCUCAACUCUACUCAGACUCCAUUUCUGUGCUUUUCUGACUCCGUUAACUGACAAAUGGUGGUAAGCUUCAGACAUUUUUGUGGGAUUGUAUUUUAUUUCAUUUUUUCCUCUGUCUGUUUCAGACAGAUGCACUUGAACACUACAAUUAUUCAAUCAAUGUCAAUGAGUUAAAAAUCUUUCACAUCCUUCAACUUGGAGUUGUUUAGUUGAAUUCAGAGCAUGAAUUGUGUUCUGAGUUUCUGUGUUUCUAUAUUGAAGUUUAGCGUUCAGCUGUCACUCACUUUCAUUUGAAUUGGAAUUAUGUCAUCCCCCUUUUUGUUUUCGAGUUGUUUUAUCGCCCCAACCCCAGGGACUGAUUUUUGAACACAUCGUGUACACUUUGUGCCAUGUUUGAAAUAGAUUCCUCGUGUUGAUUUGUAAUGCCUAUCACGGGAUGUACAGUAUCUUCUCACUUUUCCUUUUUCUUUUGAAGUUUGACUUUUGAUUUCUCCCCUGUGAUCUAUGCAAAACAUGCUCUGGUGUCCCCCGUUUGAAACUGAAAGAUAAUGUGGAUUUAAUGUGUAAAUACUGUAAAAAGCAAUGGGUCAAAAAUGCACAGGUAUGUGAAAUAACCAACAGGACAGAAUGAAAAUCAUGCUAAAAGUAAUGUAAUGAUGAAUGUUGUCAGAAAUAUUUUUCUAUAUUUUGAAAUCAUUAGAAAAAAGGACAAAAAUACAUACAAAGUGGGAAAAAGCUGUCAGAAGAACACUACAAAGGGAAUGUUUUUAUUAAUUUAUAAAUUCUUUGCCUAGCAAUA